CAGAGUCUGAUUCGCAAAGACAGCUGGCAGUUUGACUGACGGGACGGGGGCGGAGGGGCCUACGGAGACUGACGCAUACGCAUAAGAGUUUUGAUCAGCACGCGGGCGUUGAAGGGGUUGGAGGUCAUGGCUCUGGACUUGGUGGCUGUGUGGGAUGUACCAUGCAAUGAUGGCAUCCACCAAAUUGAAGUUGAGCAUGGUACCAUCUCUGGCAAGCGUAUCAUCAAGGUUGAUGGACAAGAGGUGGUGCGCCGGGACUGGAUGUUCCGCCUCGUCGGCAGCGAGUCGUUCGAGGUGGGCAAGCAGCGCGUCCGCUGCACCGUCAAAAUCGAGCCGUUCGGCGCGUUCGCCUAUCAGUACUCCCUCGACGUCGACGGCAAGGCCUUCCGCAACUUCACCCAGCACCAGUCCAAGGUCAUGCGCACUUGGCUGGUGAAUGCCUCCGAAGGCACAUACAGGGUCGUCCUCGAGAAGGGCACGCUGGACGUAUGGGUGAACGGACGGAAACUGGAGACAGCGGGCGAGUUUGUCGACGACGGCACUGAGACCCACUUCGAGGUGGCCAAGCAGCCAGCCUUCAUCAGGGCCGUGACGAGCGGCGACAAACGCCAGGGCCUCGUCUACUCGCUGUACGUGCGCGAACAGCUCAUCCCUGAGUACAAGGAGAGCAUAUAGACGAGAUGCUGCCGUCGAUGACGUCACGGUGACGUCACUGCAACCGGCUGGGCUGGCGUCACUGGAUUACCUGCUGCCGGCGGGGCUGGCGUCUGCGAGCGCCGGAGGAAGGGCGUCGGGGCGCCGACACACCACCACGAUCGUUCUGUGGCUAGCUCUAUGGCCCUGAUCGAAUCACACGUGUGGCACCGAUCUGUCGCACCGAUCCUUCGCACCGAUCUGUCGCGCUGAUCCGUUGCACCGAUCUGUUGCGCCGAUCUGUCGCGUUGUCCGGGCAGUCCGCAGCACCAUCAGCGGAGAGUGGUGGGCUGACGGGUCCACAGGCCCGCCAGCGGCCCUCCUCCGCCAGUGCAAUGUUUAAGUCGUCCAUGGGCGCCUCACCCCCUGUCGGCGUAUUCUCGAGAUCUCAGUAGCUGCGGCUCCACCGUCCGUUCUAGUCAGAUUUGAGUGUGUUUGAGCGUGCCGUCGGCGCUGUGCGCGGCCGUGAUCUCGGCACAUAUGCGGCCGCAGACGUGAUGUGCGGUGUGGUGGCUGCCGCCAUGAGUAGUGUUUGUCACGAUCUCCGAACUCCGUCCACGUAGAUGUUUACUCCUCGCUUUUGGGAAAUAGCUCAGUUGGUCGGCAGGCGCCGUCGGGCAGCAGGCGUCGUGUGUUGGCUGGUGUUGCGCCAGCUGUUCGGACGGUGACGCCCAUGACGGCGCUGGGCGGGCGUCUGCCCCGCUCUGGACGCCCGGCGCGCUGUCCAGCGGUCUCGCUCCCCGGGCUGC